CAGCCUGCUACCCGCCCACCGGCUCACUUUAAACCUAAUCCCAACUGUAAUGUUCACUACGUCCACCCACUUGUUUGACUGAUAGUUGUGCGUGUUCACUGUGGUAGUACAUAAAAAUUCAACAUAACGAUCUCGGUUCUUCGAUAGCCUUAAAAUUCUCCAUUUCAAAGGAAAAGUGCAGCGGAGUGAAAGUGCGACAGUUUUUUCCGCAGAGAUGAGGCGAACCUGAGCUGCAUCGGAGGGGGAAACGGGCUGUUGGCAAAUCAUUGAAGGUUGAAUGUCUUGAAUGGGGAAGCGUGCAUGAAAUUCACUCAUCUUUGAACGGAAAAGAGGACAAACUGCUGCAAACAUAUUGCGACGUACAAAGUGUUCAGAGGAGAAUAUAGCACAAAGAAUUGCUGAAGGAUGUUGUCUUGGCUAAGCGAGCGGCUAUGGGCAGACUGGCUUUGGUUUCCUGAAGGCUUUGGUUGGGCCGACAUGAAGGAACCCAAUGUCGUUCUACCUCAAUUACAAGACCUUUGGGCUUUCAUUCCUAUUGCCAUCUGCUUCCUGGUCAUCAGACCGAUAUUUGAAAGAUGGAUAGCAGUUCCUCUGGCGUCUCUGCUGGGAGUGAGGGACAAAAAGCGUGUCAGCCCUCCCUUGAAUCCUUUACUGGAGGCCCACUUCUGCAGUAUAUCCAAGCACCCCACACAGAGCUCCUUAGAAAAGUUAAGUAAGCAGACAGACUACUCAGUCCGACAGGUCCAACGAUGGUUUAAGCAGCGGCGCAACCAGGACCGACCCAGCAAGAUAAAAAAGUUUCAGGAAGCCAGUUGGAGAUUUACCUUUUACCUUUUUGCUUUCUUUGCUGGCCUGGCGACCCUUAUUGAUAAACCAUGGUUCUAUAAUAUGAAGAGGAUGUGGGAUAACUUCCCAAAAAUGCCACUCUUAGAAUCUCAGUACUGGUACUACAUGAUUGAACUGGGCUUUUAUGUAUCACUGCUUGUGAGCGUAGCGUCAGAUGUCAAGCGUAAGGAUUUUAAAGAGCAAAUAGUUCACCAUAUUGCCACCAUUGUGCUGAUCGGUUUCUCCUGGCUGGUCAACUACAUCAGGGGAGGGACUUUGAUCAUGUUAGCGCAUGACGCCGCUGACUAUCUCAUGGAGUCGGCCAAGAUGUUCAACUAUGCAGGUUGGAAGAGGACGUGCAACUUCAUCUUCGUUGUCUUUGCUGUAGUUUUCAUCAUCACCCGUCUCGUAAUUUUCCCCUUCUGCAUCAUACAUGCUACGCUGGUGUACCCUUUGACCAUCUACAAGCCCUUCUUCGGCUUCUACUUCUUUAACGGUCUGCUGCUGUUACUGUUGGCUCUGCACGUCUUCUGGGCAGCGCUCAUAGUGCGCAUGGUCAUCAAGUUCCUCCCUGGAAAUGACAUUGUUGAGGAUGAACGCAGCGACAAAGAGGAGACCGAGUCUGAAGAAGAAGAUGGCAGCGCCGAGCGGACCAGAACAUUGAAAAAUGGACACAAGAAUGGUCACAUUAACAACGGCCAUACCCCACUUAACAACAACCGUCAAAAAAAGUACUAAGUGGACUUUGAGAGCUGUGCAAGGUUGGGAAGUCCAGGCCUUGCAUGCAUCCCACACUUGAAAGCCAAAGAAUAAGUUCGUGGCAUGUAAAGCGGAAACACGAAAUCUUUUCCCACACUGUUCAAUGAUAAAUAGUCCCAAUUCUGAUCACUGGAAAUUGACCAACGAACAAUGGAGACCAUCAUUAUCAAAUAAUUGUUGCUGUGUGCCGCUCUGCUUGUAGCUUUAAGGCACGUUACUGGAAGGUUUUGUUGUUGUUUUUCCUUCUCUCGGGGUUCAGACAGACAUACCCUUCCCGCACAGCAUCGGGUCAACACUCCUAUAAGUAGUAUUGCCUUCAAACUUGACUAAUUACACUCAAGCCAGAUACAAAGAAGGCAGUUACUAUGGACCAUUUCCUGAUUCAAGUCAAUUUACUGACACGUAGUAGUAACUUUGUUGGAACAAUGUGCAAAGCAAAAUACCGUGUGGCAUUUAAGAAUUUUAAGUUUGCGAAAGUGAGCCGCCAAGGUUUGAUUUGCUCCUUUAUGGAAGCAAGUUGUAGUUGCUUUGCCUUUUUGGCAACAAAACCUGCACACCAGUCCAAAAUCAUUUUAAUGUUAUUUUUGUUUAUGCCUAAUAUAUAUUCUUAGUUUUGUGAUUUUAUUUGCUUUGUUUUAUUUGUUUCCAGUCCUGUUCAAAUGAGAAAAGUAACUCCUACCCAGUUAAAGGCUUCCUUCUUUAUGGGAUGGCAUGGAGUCAAUGGAAAAUUAUUUUCAGUGUUUUCUGUAACCAAAGAUGCACUUUAUGAAUGACUUCCUUUAUGGAUCAGUUUAAUUGUAGUCAGCCCAUACAGGUUUACAUUUGGAUCUCAAUGUAAUUCAGUUUCACCAGAGGUUUGGGUCCCGGUUGUUUUUUUUUUUUUCCCUAUUUGUCAAUGUUUUGGUUCCGUUUUAACAAAGAGAACUUGAUUUGUUAAAUCAUAUAGUGUUUAAAGGAACCCAUCACCAAAGUGUGGUUUACAAGUGCCUUUAACUUUUGGAUUAUGAGUUGUUACAAAAUGCCAUCUUUUGUACUCUUAACACAAUACGGACUGUUGCUCUGGGCCAAUACUCAAUCCCACUUGUUUGCUGCCACAUCCCAUCCGCUCCUUCUAAACAGCUUUGCCUCAAAAGUGUUUUUAGUCUAUGUUUUGCUGUUGUGUAAUGUCAAAAUGAUUAAAAAAAUAUAUUUGUAUCGA